AUGACGAAAAGCUGCGCAAAUUCUGCAUUGCAGAAAAAUUUACAAAUCAGAAUUGGCGUCAAGGAUAGUUCACUGACGCAACUUCCGUGGAAGGGUUUUGGAAACUUGCCAGUUAUACGUGGGCUAAAAAGUAGCACAAUCAAAGUUGUAGUCACUUUACGGUCAAUGAGCUGGAUCGCCAUCUUGAUCGUAUCCUUAUGUCUGACACUGGCUUUCGCUGACGAUGAAGUCACCUGUGGAACGGUGCUGAAGCUUAUGAACAUCAAUGAGGCUGCCCGAUUGCAUUCGCAUGAAGUAAAGUAUGGCAGUGGUAGCGGCCAACAAUCGGUCACAGCUGUGACGGCUUCCGAUGAUGUCAACUCCCACUGGCAGAUCUUCCCAGGUAGAGGUUUGAAGGAAACUUGUAAGCGAGGAGAACCGAUGAAAUGUGGUGAAAAACUCCGUUUGAAGCAUCUCACAACGGGAUGCUUCCUUCAUACCCAUCACUUUACUGCACCUUUGUCGAAGCAUUAUCAGGUAUUUGAUUUCUCACUUUGUUUUCGAGUUCCUUUACUGCUUUUCAAUCUUACGUAUAGAUGAAA